AUGCCGCCGGCAAGGAGAAGGGCUGCUGCCCGCAAAAACGCCUCCAACACAAGGAGAAGGGUAUCAUCCUCCUCAUCCUCGCCCUCCCCUGAACGGCAAAGAACGCCCUCUCCACCAGCAUCCCCUGCCAGAGAACCCACCCCACCACCACCUCCACAACCACCAAGGGCACUGCAAGAACAAGCCCUCAAUGCCAUCACAGAUGAAUGGGAGCCCAGGUUAUUUCCAAGGAAGAAGGGUUGGGAUUUCUUUUUAAAACACAUAAGGCGAAAAUUCAUUCCAGAAAGGGGAAUCGGUGAAGAUGGCGCAACUUUUGCCUACAUCAAGUGCCAUGGCUGGGAGACCUUCUCCAAACCACCUAUCAAGCCACGGAUCCAGAUUGUGCAAGAAUUUUACGGCAACUUCCACACUGCUCCCAGAGAUGGAGUAUUCGUCAGAGGCAUCAGCGUCAAUUGCAGCACAGAGGCCAUCAGGGCCAUCUGGAAAUUACCAAGAAUAAACACUGAUUACAGAGAAACCCUGGCUGCCCUGCAUCCAAAUCAACCGCUGGAACAUGCCAUUCUGUCCAGAUUGGCAAAAGAGGGCACAAGCUGGGAAAUGGACGACCAAGAAAACCCUUUGGGAUUUCCAGCAAACGCUUUGCAAACGCCUGACUUGAAUCUCUGGCACCAUUUCAUCUGCUGCAAUCUGAUGCCAACAUCCUACACUGCUAAGGUCACCUACGAGAUGGCUCUGCUGCUGUAUGCUAUUGCCACAGACACACCAUUUGAUGCAGCCUCAGUCAUCCGGGAGCAACUCACCCGAUGCAUCACUGAUCCAAAGGUGAAGAGCUGGUAUUUCCCAGUUAUGGUCACCAUGCUAUGCAAAAGGGCAGGGGUGACCUUCCUGCACACAGAUGCAGAGAGCAACUUGCAACAACCAUUGCGGAUGCAUAAGCUGGACCAGAAACCCCCAGGUGCCGCAUGGACGGGACAAACAACAUCUACUCCCACUCCAAGUGGACAAUUGAAGCAGAGGGAUUUCAACAAGCAGAUCAGGUUCAUCCUGGAUUACGUCCACCAGUGCCAGACAAGGACGGAGAAAUUCCUGCAGGAAAUGCACAAGUGCAUUGGAUGCCCUGAAAACUGCCCAAUGCCGCAUGACCCGCCAGUCCACCCACUUCACGGAAUGCCUCAAUAA